AUGAAGUUCGCAGUCGCAAUCGUGUUACUUGCAAUCGGUGCAUCGCACGGCUCCCGGGUAAAUUUGGAUGAGUACGAUCCGUUUGAACCGUUCAUCGCCGGAGGAACGAAUGCCGUCCUUGGUCAGUUUCCGUCGGUCGUCGCCGUAGGAGUUCCAACUCCGACCAAUGCCUUCUGUGGAGGCAUAAUUCUGAACGCGUACCACGUCCUGACGGCGGCCCGUUGUGUCCUAACGCCUCAAAAUACUCUCCUGGCUACCAAUCAGGUCACGAUCAUGUCCGGAGCGUUGCAGUUGAUUUUCACCAACCCCAGGAUAGCGGUCUCGGCCAUUUACGUCCACCCGCAGUAUAAUCCAUUUACGUUUGCCAACAAUUUGGCAGUUUUGCGAACGGCCACAAACUUCUUCCCACCGGAGAACGUCGCCGAACCUAACAUCGCUUUCGCCAUUCUCGACGACCAGAUUCCCUUCGAUGGAUUGGCCUGUCAGGCGGCUGGAUGGAAUAAUGCCACCGCCUCGCCGAUCCAGCAGUUCAUCGCGGCACCGAUUAUGAACCGGGACACCUGCACCGCUUUAGCGGUCCAGUUUGGAUUGAUUGAGGAGACCAUGACUUGUGCGGGAACGGUCGGUACGGGGCCCGGCGUGUGUGCCAGCAACAUGGGCACCGGUCUGUUCUGUGACGGACGGGUGGCGGGCAUUUUGUCCAACGGAUUCGGUUGUGGUGCGGCAAACAACCCUGGCGUCUAUACUCAGGUGCGCUUCUAUUUGCCCUGGAUCCAAGAGCAGUACCAGCGGCAGGACGUUCCUCCGGCUGGUUCGUCACCAAUUCCCGGGUGGUGA